AUGACAAGUAAUGAUUACAAACCUUUGAACCAGCUCAAUAAGAUGACUCGACGCAAGCCUGGGGGAUAUGAUGAUGCUAGGUUAUUAGAAUCAGCCCGGUCCGACCCAUCAAUUGAAUCGGUUCAACCGAUAUUUUUCAACAAAGGCAAGCAGAGGAAUCGCACAAGAGGACUACUACCUGUUUGGCAAGGCGGCUCUGCCCAUGCCAAACAGGCAAAAAUCGCCAGCGGAUCCGCUAGCGCAAAAGAAGCUCCCUUAGAGCGUGAAGCUUUGAGAUUGCGUGUUAUUCUUGACUCCAGAUCUGUGUCUUUCGCUGUUGCUGGACCAGUUCCCAAGGGAGCUGCAUCAAAGUGGUAUCAGAGGCAGCACACCGUGCAUAAAGGCUCUUCUAUGUGCACUCGUAGUGGUCGCACUUACUCCGCUAUGACUAAUUCCACACAGGAAGAUGCUAUCCUGGCACUUACCCAACAGAUCCAAGCGUUGGGCGGUCAUGUUCAAGACAUCUCACAGCGUCUUGAUCUAGUUUGUCAACAGGUACUUCCGUCGGGCUCGACUUCCGAACCCCUCGCUGAGCCAGAUCUGGCAGCCUCCACCGGCAGCGGUCGCUUGACGUCUCUUGCGGAGAGGACUCCACCUCCAUACCGAAGUGGCACUCGCACCACGGGUAACCCAGAACCCAACUACCCGGCCCGUCGUACUGACCCUGUCGAUGAUGUCAAACGGCUUGUCCGUACUGAUGUUCCUGAGUUCUGGGGAGAUCUCAAUCCCACAACCUUCCAUGACUGGUUGAUCUCCGUUGAGGAUUAUUUUCGGUGGUAUAAAAUGCCAGUUGAGUGCAAGGUGGAUUAUGCCAUAAUGAAACUGAAAGGCAGCGCUCGAAUGUGGUGGCUCAGUAUUGAGGAGCAGGCCCAUCGAUUGGGAAGACCUCCACUCUCGGAUUGGGUGGAGAUGAAGUUUCGUCUUAAGGAGAAGUACAUGCCUACUGAUUAUGUCGAUGCUCUACUUCGCGAGCUAUGGGAGCGCCAAGCCAUCGCCCGCUAUGUCGCUGGAUUACGUGAAGAAAUUCAGCAUGAGCUUUUGUCUAUAUCGUUGACCUCUGUUGAUGCUGCCUACCAAGCGGCCCUUCGCAUGGAAGCGCAUCUUUCUCACCAGAAGCGGCCGUGGCUGACAUCUGCCUCAAUUCCUACUGUUUCGUCCCGAGGUACCAGUGUCAAUUCCAAUUUGUCCACUAAUAAUUCAGCUUCUUUUACAGGAUCUUCUGCACCCUUUCGUGCGUCAACAACUCCAACAUUCAAUGACAACCGUCGACGAGGAGGAGAUAGCACGACGGGCAGCUGUUUCACUUGCGGGGGCAAGGGUCAUUUUGCUAUAGUUUGCCCCAGCAAAUCCACCAAGUUGGGUCUAGUCUGCGAGGGCGAUCAUGACUCCUCCAAUUGUCAAUCGGAACAUUCUAUAGAACAUGAAACCCCAGAUACAACCGAAGAGAUCUUGGAGGCAUCCCAAUUGCCUAGUUGUGUCAUCCAACCCAUUCUUGUGGGAGAGUCCUCCUCCAUAGACAAGGACUCGUGGCUUCGCACUUCCAUCUUCCACACCCGGUUUGAAAUUGGCGGCAAAGCCAUAGACACGGUCAUUGAUAAUGGCAGCGGCAUGAAUGCUAUCGCCAGUGGAGUGGUCGACAAGUUGUCCCUCACCAAAGAGCCCCACCCUCGUCCUUAUCAUAUUAGUUGGGUGGAUUCCACUUCCAAGCCCGUUGAGGCUAGAUGUCGUGUUCGAUUUGCAUUGGGCCCGAACUACAGUGACGAAGUUUGGUGUGACAUUGUGCCCAUGACAGUGUGCCAACUCUUGCUAGGUCGACCCUGGCUCUUUGAUAGGAAAGCCCUGUAUGAUGGAUUCCAAAAUUCCUACUCGUUCUUCUUUAAAGGAAAGCACAUCAAGCUCAAUCCCUUGAGAUCACCUCCUCGUCCUUCUCCUAAAUUGGCAAAUAACACAGAAGUACUGACUCUAUCUCGUCUCUCGGAGGUGCCACAAGAUGCUCCAAUGUUAUUUCUUCUCCUUAGCAAAACAACUUCGAUCUCACCGGAUCUUCCUCUUUUGCGUGCUGUGCAGCAUGCCAUUGACCUGGUUCCGGGUUCUUCUUUGCCUAAUCUGCCAACUUAUCGCUUCACACCAGGCGAACAUGUUGAGAUGCAACAACAGAUUACGAAAUUACUUUCCAAGGGCUUUAUUAGGGAAAGUUUGUCCCCUUGUGCCGUUCCGACUCUGCUCAUUCCUAAGCGGGAUGGAUCAUGGCGUCUAUGCGUUGAUAGCAGGGCUAUCAAUCGGAUCACAGUAAAAUACAGAUUUCCAAUUCCUCAUUUAGAUGAUCUGCUGGAUCAACUCUCAGGGGCUUCAAUAUUCUCAAAAAUGGAUUUACGAAGUGGGUAUCACCAAAUACGAAUUAAGCCCGGAGAUGAGUGGAAGACGGCUUUCCGUACUAAAGAUGGGUUGUUCGAAUGGAUGGUUAUGCCCUUUGGCUUGACCAACGCGCCCAGCACUUUCAUGCGAGUGAUGACGCAAACUUUCAAACCUUUCUUGGGCAAAUUCCUUGUGGUGUAUUUUGAUGACCUGUUAAUCUACAGUCACUCCCAGGAAGAACAUCUCCAGCACCUGCGUUUGGUGUUCAAAACUCUGAGAACUCAUUCUUUUUUUGUUCACAAAAAAAAGUGCUCUUUUUUACAAUCAAAAAUUGAUUUUUUGGGGUUUAUUAUUUCGCAGGAUGGUCUCGAGGUGGAUCCUGAAAAGACGAAAGCAAUCUCGUCUUGGCCGACCCCCACCAAUUUCACGGAAGCUCGUAGCUUUCACGGUCUGGCCUCGUUCUACCGUCGAUUCAUCCGUAACUUCAGUGCAAUUACCGCUCCCAUUACUGAUUGUCUCAAGGGCAAGAAUUUCGCCUGGACUCCAGCGGCUGCCAAAGCCUUUAUCUACCUCAAAACUAAGCUCACCUCAGCUCCUGUUCUUAGGUUGCCUGACUUUCACAAAGUCUUUGAGGUGGCAUGUGACGCUUCUAUUGCAGGUAUAGGAGGAGUCCUAAGUCAAGAAGGCCACCCUAUUGCCUUUUAUAGCGAAAAGUUGACAGACACUAGGAGACGCUACUCCACAUAUGAACUGGAAUUCUACGCUCUGGUCCAAACACUUAGGCAUUGGCGGCCUUACUUACUUCACAAGGAGUUCAUAUUAUUCACCGAUCAUGAUUCGUUGAAGUACAUUCCUACUCAAAAGACCUUAAGUCCCAAGCAAGCCCGCUGGGUGGACUUCCUGCAACAAUUUACAUUUGUUCUGAAGCACAAGUCGGGUAUUGAGAACAAGGUCGCAGAUGCGCUCAGCCGUCGCCUACACUUACUGACUACUUUCUCGUUAGCAGCUACCGGGUUUGAAUUAAUUCGAGACCUUUAUGCAACUGAUUCUGAUUUUUCUUCUAUUUGGGCAGAACUGUCUAAUGUGGUGUCCAAGGACACUGUUGUUUCUCCUUUUGUUUUGCAGGAGGGAUACCUAUUUAAGAACAAUCGUCUAUGCCUUCCGCAAGGCUCCAUCCGCGAAUUUGCUAUCACAGAAUUACAUGCUGGGGGGCUUGCAGGCCACCUUGGCCGUGACAAAACUUUCGCCUUGGUUGCCGACCGAUUCUUUUGGCCUCACCUCCGACGGGAUGUUUUUCGCAUUGUCCAGCGUUGUCGCAUUUGUCAGUUACAAAAGGGCUCUAAAACUAAUAGUGGUCUGUACACUCCGUUGCCCAUUCCGCUACAACCGUGGGAUGACAUUUGCAUGGAUUUUAUUUUGGGCUUGCCGCGUACUGUUCGCCACCAUGAUUCAAUACUUGUGGUUGUGGAUCGCUUCUCUAAGAUGGCUCAUUUCCUUCCAUGUGCGCGGACUUUUGAUGCGUCACAUGUUGCCACCAUUUUCUUCAGAGAAGUAGUUCGCCUUCAUGGCCUUCCUAAGUCUAUCACCACGGACCGCGACGUUAAGUUUAUGUCUUACUUUUGGAAGACUUUGUGGAUGAAAUUGGGCACAAAACUGCAAUACUCCAGCGCCUUCCAUCCUCAAACGGAUGGCCAAACCGAGGUGACGAAUCGGAGUGUUGGUAAUCUCUUGCGGUGUUUAGUGAUGGACCAUGCGUCCUCAUGGGACUUAAUUCUUCCGCAAGCUGAAUUUGUUUUUAACAAUUCUGUUAACCGUUCCUCUGGCAGCUCCCCUUUUGAAGUUGUUGCAGGUAUUAAGCCACGGACUCCAGUUGACUUGCUACCUCUUCCCUCCUUUCAACAACCCAGCGGAGAGGCCCUUGAGCUUGCGACCCACAUUCACCAGGUUCAUGCUGAAGUCAAACGACGUCUCUCUAUCAGUAAUGAUUCCUACAGUUCGGCCGCGAAUGCGCAUCGCCGCCUUAUCGAGUUUCAACCUGGCGAUUUGGUGUUUAUUCGCAUCCACCCCGCUCGUUUCCCUCCGGGUACCAUUCAUAAACUUCAUUCCCGAAGAGCAGGCCCCUUUGCAGUUCUCAAGCGACUUGGCGCGAAUGCUUACUUGAUUGACUUGCCAUCCGAAUUUCGGUUCAGCCCCAUUUUUAAUGUUGCUGACCUGACGGCAUGCCAUGAAGAUUCCCCAAUUCAUCCUCCUCCUUCAGAUGAAACUGGGAACCACACACCCCUGCCUACGGCCACUCUUCCCCAUCCUGAUUCGUCAUUCCCUCCCGAUGAUACCCCUUAUGUGAUCUUACAACGUGAAUUUGUCACUACGCGUCGAGGCGGAUAUUGGCGUUACUUAGUGUUGCUUCGUAACAGGCCUGUUGCGGAUGGGAUUUGGCUCUCUGAGUCACAUCUUCGUCAUUUUUAUCUUGAUCUUCUCCAACAGUACCUUCAAUUGUACUCGACAGAGUCGAGUUCUUUGCCGGGAGAGAUAGUUGAUGCAGUGGAGUCUCAUGCAAGUUUGAAGUCCAAUGACGUGGAGGAUGGUCAACCAAGCAUUGUUGUAGCUGACUUGGAUCAAGUCACGAAUAUUGUGCUCUUUGUCUUAUACAUCUUGUUUUGUUACCGAGAGCGUGAAGCUUUGAGAUUGCGUGUUAUUCUUGACUCCAGAUCUGUGUCUUUCGCUGUUGCUGGACCAGUUCCCACGGGAGCUGCAUCAGUGUCCUUAGAAGAAUUCGUUGACCGAGUUAAUUGA